UUCAUGCUUUUUUGAGGCUGCUGGAGAAGACUAAUUCUUAAUACUCCUUUCUAGGAGCUAGACAAUCUCACAGGGACCUUUACUAUAAUACACAACCACACACACACACUUCAUACACUCUCUCAGCACCAUGUUGGAGGAGAAGAAGACCAAGGUGAAGGUCACAUUCUUCGUCAUCCUGGUGGGCAUCUCCUGCAUGCUGGCUGCAAUGGUGACGGACCACUGGACUGUACUGAGCCCGCCGUUCGACAAGUUCAACGCCACCUGUGAGACGGCCCACUUUGGCCUCUGGAAGCUCUGCAUGAAGACCAUCUUCAUGGUGGAGGAGGACCCUGAGGGCCAGGGCUGUGGCCCCAUCAGUCUGCCCGGAGCCAAGAAUUGCUCCUACUUCAAACACUUCACUAAGGAAGAAGAGGCCAAAGGGUUCGAAGCCAAAACUCAGAAAGAGUACAACCUCUCAGCAGCGGCCAUUGCUGUGUUCAGCCUGGCCUUUAUGACCCUGGGGUUGCUGUGUGUUGUGUGCUCCUUCGGGAAGGGGAGGGACUACCUGCUGAGGCCUGCUGGGAUGUUCUUUGCCUUCGCAGGUCUCUGCAUCAUCAUCUCUGUUGAGGUGAUGCGGAACUCCACCAAGCGGAUGAUUGACAGCGAGGAGACCGUCUGGGAACAGUACUACUACUCCUGGUCGUUUGAAUGUGCCUGCACCUCCUUUGUCCUCCUGGUAUUCAGUGGUCUCAGCCUGUUGAUCAUCUCCAUGCCCCAGAUGCCACGCAACCCCUGGGAGACCUGUAUGGACGCAGAACCAGACUCCAUGGAGCCCUUAGACUAGUACUAGAUCAGAUUAGACCUGCCCAGAUCAACCCCUGGGAGACCUGUAUGGACGCAGAGCCAGACUCCAUGGAGCCCUUAGACUAGUAGCAGUAGAUCAGAUUAGACCUGCCCAGAUCAACCCCUGGGAGACCUGUAUGGACGCAGAGCCAGACUCCAUGGAGCCCUUAGACUAGUAGUAGACUCCAUUAGAACAGACCAGACGAGUCUAGACUAGGUGAAUCUUCAACAAAGGCUGCCAAAACCAUACAUGUUUUUAUAGAAUCCAACUGAAGAUCAACUAAAUUGAGGCUGGUGGUGGGGGCAACAGAGUUAAGGAUACAGAUGAAUGAGUGGGGCACCCCGCCUAAGUAAUAGUAGAAGGGGAAACACUGCACUACACUGCUUGGUUUUAAGUGUACAGAUAAAGAUGUAAGGCAGGAUCUCUGAGCAGUCCUCGAGGGCCACAGAUUUUCCUUUCUUUGGUCUUUAAACUGAUACAUUUCUGUCAUUGAUUACAGAGAGUGUCCGCUCUCCUGGUCCAUAUCAUCCGUUACUAAGCAACAGACACUGUGGCACUUGAGGACUGCCCUGAUAUAGGGUGCGUUAGUAAAUUCACCAUGGCAACUUACUUCGAAAUUCAGAACACUCUGGUUGGAGAGUGCCAGAGUGCAGAAUAAUUUAUGAAUUUACGAACUGCCUAAACUCAGUUGUUAUGACAGAUUUAAGUAAACAUUGGCUAAAAAAAUGAAUUAAAUUGUUGCCAGUAACACAGUUACAGUCACUAACCCUCUUGAUAACAUGGAAACACUCUAGCACUAAUAGUAGCUCUGCAAGGGUGAGUAACAUGUUCAGAGUGAAGUGUUCUCACAUUUGUGUCUGGAAGGAGCUAGCAAGCUAAGCAAGUUUAGCCAGUUGGCUUGGGAGCUUGAAGGCCGAUGUAAAGUCAGAAUGCUCAGAUCAUCCCUACACCUCGGCCAGAGUGUCCAGUGUGCACUCUGAACGCUCAGAGAUCGAAACACUCUGAAUUUACAAACACUCAAAGCACACUCCGAGUGCACUCUGACACUGUAAAGUGAAUUUACAAACACUCAAAGCACACUCCGAGUGCACUCUGACACUCUAAAGUGAAUUUACAAACACUCAAAGCACACUCCGAGUGCACUCUGACACUCUAAAGUGAAUUUACAAACACUCAAAGCACACUCUGAAUGCACUCUGACACUCUAAAGUGAAUAUACAAACACUCAAACCACACUCCGAGUGCACUCUGACACUCUAAAGUGAAUUUACGAACACUCAAACCACACUCCGAGUGCACUCUGACACUCUAAAGUGAAUAUACAAACACUCAAAGCACACUCCGAGUGCACUCUGACACUCUAAAGUGAAUUUACGAACACACCUAUAAUGUACAGUAUUAAAAUGUGGCUUUUGCUAUAAAAUGACCACAGAGACAGAAAGAGCUAAAGAACAUGGCAACAUAGUGAGCUGCUACUCUGUGUAAUUUAAUAUAGUUUGAGCUGUUGUACACUUCUAAUAUACAUUUCCGCUCUAGCGUUCUACAUUUUUGCAAUGAAAUAAGUUAAUGCUUUAAUGAACGUUGCAUUGUAAAUGUUCACCCCUCCAGGCAGCUACAAACAAUGAGUAUUUAUUUAACAUGUAUCAAUGGAUUAAACCAUAUUGAAGCUCCAGUGCAAUGCCUGUACACAGAUCUACUGUAUUAGUUAGGGAGCUACACUGCUGCUUGUUGUUUACAGAGGAAACCUAGAAUGUACAGCGUGUAUAUAGUACUUGUAUGUUUUAAACAUGGGCCUAUGAAGAUGAUAGAUAUUAUGUUGUUUUGUGUUCAAUAGUGGCUUCAUCAAACAAUCCAUUGCAAUCUAGCUUGAACACAAAACAUUCAAGCCCACCACAGUGAUUAUUGGACAGAUACAUUGUCUUCACUGAAUGGCAAUGUCUCCCAUUGUGUACCUCUCCUCAUAUUGUAUUCUCUCUCUCUCUCUCUCUCUCUCUCUCUCCCUCUCUCUCCCUCUCUCCCUCUCCCUCUCCCUCUCCCUCUCCCUCUCCCUCUCCCUCUCCCUCUCCCUCUCCCUCUCUACUGUCUAAUUAUCUAUCUAUCCCCCCUCUCUUCCCAUCUGUUUCACUUAAAGUUCCAAAGCAAAAGAUGAAGUGUGAGAAUGUUUCAAGGGGGUUGUGAUAAAUUCCUUUCUUUCUGUUGACACAGGACAGUUGUUGCAUAAUGAAUUAUCUUCAAAGUAUUAUAGCCAGCUGAACAAGUUAAAUUGUAGUGAUUUUCAGUCAACAAGCGACAGGCAUGUUCUGUUUUUGGGGAACACUGUUGUAUAGGUACUGAUUUCAAUAGCUACAAAGCAGUAAUGUUCUGUGCUGACAGAUUCAAGUACAUCUAAACACAAACACCCCUUGUUCUCACCCAUCUAAGCACCGAACCCAUUGUUUUGUGCUAGGUUCUCUGACAGGUAUUAGUAUAAUAUAUCUGUGAGCACAUAGUCCUAGAGUUAUUAAAGAGGCAAUCUGGAGUUGAAACAACAACAAAGGAACACCCUGCCACUGAUUUGGUAAACAGCUGAGGGAUGAGACUCCAGAUACAAUAUGUGACUAUUCUCAAUGUGUAGACAGAGCUAUGGAUGCAAGGACUGGCCAUCCUUUAGAUCAAUGAUAGUUUUAACCAUGUUUUGAGGAUAUACAGUGUUUGUUUACAAUUACAUUGUGGAGUAAAGAAAAGCUUAUAUUUUGGGUUCUGAUGUGGUAUGACAGUUGAACCAAGCUAAUGAGGCAUUUCAAUGGGAAUUAAUCAAAACAAUAACGGAUGUCGCUAUCACAGAUUGCCCCUUUAAGCAGAGAUAUAUUUGACAUAUAUAGACCUUUUAUUCCCUUCUCUCAGCCAGAAACCCCACAGCUUCAUCUCUAACCCACCAUGACACGCUUUCACUUCUAUUUCAUUCAGAAAGCUGUUCUAAAUUGAGAGACAAAUGUUUUCUAAAUGCUCCGUAGACAAGGCGUCUUGGAGGUCAUGGCUUCUGUGAGAAGAAGCCGUAAUGGAUGCAGAACACUGAUCGACAUCCCAAAUGGCACCCAAUUCCCUAUAUAGUGCACUACGUUUGUCCAGAGCCCAAUUGGUGCCAUUUGGGAAACAGCACACUGAGCUCACAAAUCAUUUCUAGCUCUGCUCCCCUCAGAGCCAAUGUUCACCGGCAGACAGACAGCUAGCUUAAAGUAGUAGGCUGUGUAUCUGUCUGCCUGCAGUGGACCCAGGCAGCAGAACACGCCGCUCUACUUUUAACCCUCUAGCUGCUGUAGCACCCUAUUCCCUUUAUAGUGCAUUCUAUUUGACCAGGGUCCAUGGCCAAAAGUAGUCCACUAUAUAGGGAAUAGAGUGCAAUUUGGUACGUAGCCUCUGUCUGCAGUGAACCCAGGCAGCAGCACGCAUGUCUCUGUACCUUUACAACUAAAAGGGUUCUUUGUUUGUCCCCAUAGAUAACACUUUUUGGUUCAAGGUAGAACCCUUUGGAGUGAAAGAGGUUUUACUAAGAACUUGUUAGUGGUGAAAAUGUUCCACAUAGAACCUUAGUGGAAAGGUAUUAGUGGAAGGGUUCCACUUGGAACCAAAAAUAGUUAUUUUCAAAGAGUUCUCCUAUGGGGACAACGGAUGACCCUUUUCUGGUUCUAGGUAGCACCUUAUUGUCUUAAAGUGUACCCUGUCAGCCUCCAACACAUCAUCCCUGUCAGCCUCCAACACAUCAUCCCUGUCAGCCUCCAACACAUCAUCCCUGUCAGCCUCCAACACAUCAUCCCUGUCAUACACACAAGGGUUUGGUGUUUUAGAAAAUAAUGAUAAAACCAAGCUUCAGUUCUUCAGGUGUUUAUGAUCAAACUCCCCCACUUGAUUACAACUUAAUAAAAUAGAGCUUUAU